CAUGCUUUAAUCUUUAAAGCUUGUAUUUAUCACAACAAAAAAAUUAUUCUGGACUUCUGCUAUGCCAACAAAAUUCCCACAUUUAAACAUGAGUACAUGAAGUACAUACUGCUAAAAGAAAAAUGUUUCAUUUUUUUUUUUUACAGACACUUGCUUUGACCGUGCGCUUCAGAUGCGGCCCAAGAUCUACUUGAAGACUUGUUUCUAUUCAAAUUCCAUUUUGAGGAACAAUGAACAUCACUGGUAUUGCACUGAAUUGCAUUAUUCCUGGACUACCCAGAACGCCCCUGCUUCCAUUUCACAAUAUGCGAACCUUCAGUAUGAAGCACUCUUUGAUGUUAAAUUCAGGAUUAAAGUUAAUGAGCUGGCUGAAAGAUAAGUACAGGCUCUUAAGUUUAGUCCUCAGACAGCGAGACAGAGUACAGAAUGAAACCAUGAGCAAGUUCAAAAGCGAGUGCACCCCAAUUCAGUUCAGUUUCCCAUGUUCCUGCCCCCUCCCCCUUUGGCUAUCUCUCUUUCUGCUCUUCUCGCUACUGGUGGUUGGAAAAACACAGCCUGUUGCCUAGCAACUAGCCUUUGGAAAUUCCAAAAGAGCCCAUGGGGAGCACAGACCAUUCUUCUUGGCGUGCAUGCGGCCAAGGUGCGUCGAAAAAUCCACAAGACUGCUUCCUCUGGCCAGGUUGUGCAGCUCUAUGACGGUGCGUAAAGGUAAAAAACUUACCAUCUCCAUCCAGGAACACAUGGCCAUAGACGUCUGCCCGGGCCCGAUCCGACCAAUCAGACAGAUCUCCGCCUACUUUCCCCGUCUCUCCCCGACCGGUGACUCUAUCUCUCCACACCCUGCUGCCUCUCCAGUGGCCCUCAGCCCUGGGCUUGGGGCUUCUGGAGCAGGGGGCAGCAGCACACUCCUCUCUCCACUGCAAGCCGGGGCCAGGGGAGGUGGUGGAACAUUGUCAUUGUCCAGUAGUGUGGACACAUCAGUGGACAUCAACAGUUCUGACAGUGAUGACUGCACUGCUCUCGGGACAUUAGAGUUCGAAUUGCGGUAUGAGAAAGCCACCAGCUCCCUUCACUGCACAAUCCUUAGAGCCAAGGGUUUGAAGCCUAUGGAUUUCAACGGCCUGUCAGAUCCAUAUGUUAAGAUUCAUCUCCUGCCUGGAGCGAGUAAGGCUAACAAGUUGAAAACCAAAACUGUACGGAACUCUCUAAAUCCGGUCUGGAAUGAGACGCUAACCUACAUUGGAAUUACGGAAGAAGACAUGCACAGAAAGACUCUGAGGUUAUCAGUGUGCGAUGAGGACAAGCUGACUCACAAUGAAUUUAUUGGUGAGUCGCGGGUGGCUCUGAGACGUGUGAAACCAGACCAGACUAAACGCUUCUACACCUGCCUAGAGCAUCCACCACCUCUUCCCUCUCCGACAGCAAUGGGAGCAGCCUUGCGAGGGAUCUCCUGUUAUCUCAGAGAGUGGGAGUAUGAGCAGUUGCACAGCCUGGAGGAAAGAGGCCGUCUGUUACUGUCGCUCCAGUUCGUGCCUCCGUCUGUAGAGGGAGAUAAAGAGACCCGACGAGGAGGUCUGUGCGUCGGUGUUCAGAGAUGUGCUCACCUCGCUGCCAUGGAUGUCAAUGGCUUCUCUGAUCCCUAUGUCAAAACAUAUCUAAAGCCGGAUGUUCAAAAGAAAUCGAAACAUAAAACGGCUGUGAUUAAAAAGACCCUUAACCCAGAAUUUAAUGAGGAGUUCUUUUAUGAGAUCUCUCUGACUGAACUGGUCAGUAAGACGCUGGAGGUGACUGUAUGGGACUAUGACCUGGGUCGAUCCAAUGACUUUAUAGGUGGAGUGUGUCUGAGCUGUCACUCACAAGGAGAUGCUCUACGCCAUUGGAUGGACUGUCUGAGGAAUAAGGGGCAGAGGGUGGAGCGAUGGCACGUUCUGACCAAUGAACUCCCUCAAAGCUCCUGCCAAGAGUGAGGAUCUUACAGGGGAUGUCAGUGCUAACUUACUGCUGCAUGGCGUUAAAGACGAACCCUCAGAGUGCGUUCGAGCACUUCCAACUUUGUGCACUAUAUGCUGUAUGAGCUCAUCAUAUAUACAUUGUCAAUGCAUGAUCGAUAUUCAUGACAGGCACAAAUACUGUAUUACUUGAACACACCUUGCUUGUUACCAGAAGACAUUGAGGGAUGGACUGUCAGUCAGUUGCCUUUUGAUUCUAUGUUACUUGCUGGACCUUACCUGUCAGUCCCUUCUUAUCACUGCUGCACGUUUUAUAUACAUUUUGUAACAAUGAAGACGAAUUUGAAUCCUUUCCAAAUCCCAUGUAGCAUAUCCUUCUUAUUGACCAAGAGAGACAUGCACUACAUUAAAAGCCUGUAGAGAAACAAGCAAGGUGCUUGCAGUAAAGUCAACAUCACACUUUACCCAGGAAGCUUAUAAAGGGUCAAGUUGCUUACUAAUGUCUGUGAACAAUGAAUGUAACAAUUGGACAUCAGGACUGUUACUCAUAAAUCAUCACAGAAGCGAUAAGAACUGGAGAGAGUGGAAUCCAGUCCUAAAUUAGCCUUCCUUCUUUCAGAACCCUUGUAAAUACUGGCACUCUUAUACAAACACCACUAUCCAUCUGUUUUGUAGCAUGAGGAAAUGUUUACAGCAUUAUAAAGCAUGCCACAACAAUGUUUUUCCAGGGCUGUAAUUCCUGUCAUUUUGAAGUUCCCAUUUGCUAAUGUUAUUUAUAUGUUUUCUUUUCAGAAACGCUCUGAUAUUCGAACUAAUUAAUUUCUUAAAAGUUUUGGAUUGAUUUAAAUUGUUCUGGUCUGCAUGCCCGAUGGUGUGUGUGUGUGUGUAUGUGUGUAUGUGUGUGUGUGUGUGUGUGUGUGUGUGUGUGUGUGUGUGUGAGUGAGUUUAUAUCACUAUGUUAUUUGACUAUUUAUUGAGUGUUGUACUUUGGAAAAUUUGU